UACCGUGACGCGCGUCCACCCAUUCCGUUUCCCCUGGGAGGCUCUGCCUGUUGUCCGGAGGGCCGCUGUGUCGAGUGCGACCUUCCAAAGUCCUGAGGAUUGAACAUGUAUGUUGAGCAAGUACUCUACCGCUGAGCUACAUCCCCAGCUUUUUUUUUUUUGAGAUAGGGUCUCACAAAAUUGCACAGCCUGGGCUUGAGCUUCCCAUCCUCCGAUUUUACCAUCCCAGAGUCCUGGGAUUACAGGUACUGCUUAGGAUGAAUGUGAUUUGGAGAAGUUACAUUUGCAGUGUAAGGCUAAGGAAGGUGCCACACAGAUGCCAAAGUGGUAACCACCCAGCAACUCCCCUGGGAUCAAGGAUUUUAACUGAUCCAGCCAAAGUUUUUGAACACAACAUGUGGGAUCACAUGCAGUGGUCUAAAGAAGAAGCAGCAGCUGCCAGAAAAAAAGUAGAGGAAAACUCAGCUGUGCGAGUCACUCAGGAAGAGCAAGUUAAGUAUGAAAAUGAAGCUAGUAAAUACUGGGACACAUUUUAUAAGAUUCAUAAGAAUAAGUUUUUCAAGAAUCGUAAUUGGUUGUUGAGGGAAUUUCCUGAAAUUCUUCCAAUUGAUCAAAAAACUGAAGAUAAGAUGGAAGAACUAUCAUGGCAUGUCUUAGGAACUAACACUGCAAACUCUUUCUCAAGAAUGUCAGAAGAAAAAAACCAUUAUGAGAAAAGUUCUGGUUCAUCAGAUGGUCAAAGCAAAAGAGAGUCUGGUUGUCCCAGCCUAAACUCCAGAGAGCAUGGAAAAGGACUCCUGAAGACUCAGCUAUUUCCUGGUAGCCAUGCCACUUUCCGAAUACUAGAGGUUGGCUGUGGUGCUGGAAAUAGUGUUUUUCCAAUUCUGAACACCUUGCAGAAUACUCCAGAAUUCUUCCUUUAUUGUUGUGAUUUUGCCCCUGGAGCUGUGGAGCUUAUAAAGUCACACUCGUCCUACAGAGCCUCGCAGUGUUGUGCCUUUGUUCAUGAUGUGUGUGAUGAUGGUUCCCCCUACCCUUUUCCGGACAGUAGCCUGGAUGUCGUUGUCCUCGUCUUUGUGCUCUCUUCUAUUCAUCCUGACAGGAUGCAAGGGGUGGUCAACCGACUGUCUAAGUUACUGAAGCCUGGGGGAAUGCUGCUCUUUCGGGACCAUGGAAGAUACGAUACUGCUCAGCUUCGUUUUAAAAAGGGGCGUUGUUUAUCUGAAAAUUUUUAUGUUCGAGGAGAUGGUACCCGAGCCUAUUUCUUUACAAAAGGGGAAGUCUGUCGUAUGUUCUGCAAGGCCGGAUUAGAUGAAAAGCAAAAUCUGGUUGAUCAUCGCUUACAAGUUAAUAGGAAAAAACAAGUGAAAAUGCAUCGAGUGUGGAUUCAAGGAAAAUUCCAAAAACCAUUGCACUGAACUUAAAAUAGCUCCUAAUUGAUAUUUUUCACUCCUUUCUCAUGACUGAAGACGAAAAACUAGAAGACUCUGCCCUUUAAGGAUCCUAGAAAAUCUUUUGUUUCUCAAAAGACAAUGAGAAGAAAAUAGAAUUUGUGUUUCUUGAUGUUCUAUCAUGAGUUAGCUCUUUGUGCAUUUUAAGCAUAUAAGUUGUUCUGGAGAAGUAUACCAUUUUAUUGUGUGUUCAAAACUUGAUAUGUGCAAGCUUGUGUAUCUAACCAUUUUAUUUGUUCUUUGAAUUUUAUAAGCAUUCAACUAAAUUUCUGAUAUAAGUCAUACUUUGGACAAACCAUAAGCUGCCACACUUUAGAAGUAGGAAAAAACCAUCUUUAUUUAUAUACACAUUUAUCAUCUUCUUUAUUUAAAUCACUUCACAAACAAUUGAAGUCUUCCUCAUUGUCAUCCAACAGCAGAGAGGCAGUAGGCAUUGUCUCCAGGGAAAGUCACAAGCUCAAGAUUAAAGUGUAUUGUUUUUUGUCUGUUUUCCCCAAAACUUUUAAUUUCUUUAAUUCAGAGACUAAUAUCUGAAAUAUACUUUUAGUUUCUUUCUUUCCUAAAAUUGGGAAGUAUGACCCAUGCUAGCGUUACUUUCAGGCUAUUCUUAGCUGUUUAAGUUGUUGUAAACUCUCUUUAAGACAACUGUCAAGCUCAAGAAAAUUCCUGUAGCAAUUAGAAAUUAACUUACUCUGUUGCAUCAGUAGGACAUACGUUGGCUUGCAAAUUGCAGUUUGUUAAAUAAAAAUGGAGUUUCUAA